AUAAAGAGUAUUUAUGGAAAGGAACGUCCGUUUAACAAUACUUUCAACCUAAACUACACACACCCUCUGGGUAAUGCCCCAUAGACUUAGGUGCCAAUACCUAUAAUUGCCACUAUGGAAAUUGGCCUGGGAAUGCCCCACCCUGAAUCAAACCCCCUCCAUUUGUUUCAGCUCCACCUUUAGUAAAUAAGUGUAUGAUAUAAACAUAGUCUGAAUGUCUCUGCCUCAUUUAUAUCACUUGCAAACUGUACCGACUGGGAAUAACUACUCACAAUGAGAUCUGAUGUAGGACUCCUGUGUGCCCUCGCAGCUCUUGUAUCUAAUGCGUAUUCUCUUUCCUGCACACUCUGCAUGAUAGAAGGUUCCAUCAAUUGUGAUGGCGAAACUGUUGAGUGUCCCCAAGGACUAAUCUGUAGCACAUCCGCCACAGAAGUCACAUCUUCGGAUGGCCUGACAACAUACAAUAUUAGAAAGUACUGUGGGGAUGCCGGCAGAUGUGACAGUACCGCGCACUUUAGCUACACAAACUACAAGAGCUUGGAGGUGAUAACCUGUUGUAACACAGAAAACUGCACCGCGCCUGAUGUGGCAUGGCCAAAGGAUAACAGGGAGCCCAAUGGGCUGAGCUGCCCAACCUGCGCCUACUCCGGCUAUCAUUGCCGCGCUAAGAGCAACAUCGAAUGCGUUGGGAAGGAGGACAAAUGUUUUACACAAACUCAUAAUCAUCAAGGACUCUGGGAAAGCACAAUCCAGACGUUCCGUGGCUGCGGCACUGAAUCUCACUGCAAGUUUGGCAACUGGAGUAUGAGCCGUCAGGGCUUCCGUAUAGAUAGUGCCAUUACCUGCACCAUUCCUAACAGCAACGGUGCCCACAGCAUGUCUUUUCUUCUCAUAGGUCAUUGCCUUGUGCUAAUAAACAUAUAUUUAGGAUACAAGUAAAUAAAAAAUAGCAGUUAUAUGCAGAC